AACAUUGACUUCCGUUUUCAGACGGUGGAUUAAAACAGAAACAGGAAAUAGGAAACAAGAAACUUGUUCAAGUUUCACAACAACAGUCACGGCGUAUUCUUAGACUUAGACUCGUUUACAAUUUAAAACUUUAAAGGAAAACAUUAGACUAUAUGAAAAUGUAUUCUCAUUGGAGCUCUGUUUGUUGUCAAGACUAAAGAAAACCUCAUGAACAACUUCAGCAUUAAAACCUAUACAUUUAUUAAGAAAGUUCUCUUUUAUUGUAUGUGAUGGAGGGAAACAGUUUACUUUUGAUGAGUUUGAUGUUGAUGCCCCUUUUGUUGCUAACUGAUUCUGCCAGUCUCACAUUCCAGAAUUUAACAUUGGAUAAUGAUGACACUUUCCUGUAUACCAUUUACUACAAUUCAAAUGAAGACACUGUUUAUGUUGGGGGAAGAAAUGUCCUUUUGAAGCUCAACUCCAACUUACAGCUUCUUGAAAAAGUGGACAAAGGUCCUGUGAGAGAUCACCCAUCCUGUGGGCCUGAUAGUGAUUGUCCUGAAGGUGUGGAGGUGCCCAAUGACAUUAAGAUUCUGGAGUUCAGUGAGCGCAAGAAUUUGCUUCUUGUGUGUGGCACUGCCAAGAAGGGGGCUUGCACCUUACAUUCGUUAAAGAAUAUUAGUGAUUUCAGAAGUUUGGGGCAAGGUAAUCCUGAUAGUGUUAAUGGGCAUCUAGUGGGCAGUGGAAGCUCUGCCUUAGUUCAAAUGUCUUCUGCUGCAGAUUCCUCGUCUGAAGAAAUUCUUUACGUUUUCCAUGAAUAUGAUGGAAGAGAUACACAGUUUAGUCCUCCUGUAGUUUCUAUAAGGAAACUUGAGCAACAAGUAAAUCUUACAUUGGAUUAUUUGUACAAUGAAGAGAAAGUGUUGGGUCAGUUUUCUUGGCUUAAGAUUGAUGAAAAAUUUCAGCAGACGUAUUUCAUGUCAUUUGUAUACAGUUUUCGCAAUGGUGAACAUGUGUACUUUUUGAUGAAUCAGCAGAAAAGUCUUUCAGAGAGCAACUCUGUCAGGAUCAGGUUGGGGCGUCUUUGUUAUAGUAAUGUAGAUGUAAUAUUACAAUCUUACAUAGAGAUGGAACUUUUCUGCCAGUCAGGGGAUGUUCUUUUCAAUAAGGCUGUGUCUGCUACAUUUGUAAACAAUAUUCUGUAUCUAGCCGCUGUACAGACCAAGCAAUCGGAAAGAACAACUGAUGAAAGUAAAGGGUCAGCUUUGUGCCAAUUCAGCAUAUCAACUUUGGACAAUUACUUUACUGAAGGAAAUAAUUUGUGCUACAAUUCAGCUAAAGGUAAAAGAUUGGAAUGGAACAGAGGUCCAUUGAAUUGUUUUAAAGUGAGGGACUAUCUUGCAGCAGCAUUAAAUAAAUCAUUCUGUGGGCAACAUGACAAUGCAGGCAUACGUACAGAGAUUGAAGGUAACCCUAAAGGGGAUCUACUGAUGCUUGACAACCUUAUAAUAACUGUUAUCAAGCCCCUUGCCACUGGACUAUUUGUGGUGGGAUAUAAUGAUGGUAACAUUAAGAAGAUCCGAUUUGAAAACUCAGUUGGAGUGGCGUAUGCAACCAUCAAGUUAAGUUCCAAGCCCAUUACAACUAUGACAGCUGAUGACAAAAUGAACUUCUACAUUCUAUCAGGCAAUCAGAUAAUCAAGUUCCCAGCUGGCUCAUGUCACAUCCAUCUCGAUUGUGACAUAUGUUUGACCAGCGGGGACCCUCUGAACUGCGGAUGGUGUAGUGAGGGGCUGAACACCUGCACACAAAAGGAUCAAUGCUCUAGUGGGAUUUGGAACAAAGGUGGAGCUGCAAGGUGUCCUCCCACAAUAUUCAAGAUAAAUCCCUUGUCUGGACCAACUGCUGGUGGAACUAAACUGACUUUGGAAGGAAAAAACUUUGGAACUGCCAAAGGGGAUGUCACAGUUAAAGUUGGCAAGGCUGACUGUAAUGUAAUAGAGUUUAACCGAGCUAGAUUAGUUUGUGAAACAAGUCCUGCAACGCAAGGUAUGGCCAAAGUAGAAGUUGAAGUGAAAGACUUUACAAUGCCAGCCGACAGACCAUUUACUAUUUUUGGCAAAGUAGAGUUUGAGGAAAGCUUUUCAUUUAAGUAUCCCUCUGCCAAAAGCUUCUCUCCUCGUCGUGGGCCAACUGCAGGGGGCACUGUACUAACCAUACUAGGUAACAACCUGGAUGUUGGCUCUUCAUUGGAAGUCAAAGUCUCUGAUACAGUUGCAUGCACUGUAGAAAGCAAGACGUCCACACAGCUGUUGUGUAAAGUUGGAAACCUCGCUGGCCCAAAAGUUGAUACUAAAACUGUGACAUUGAGUCUAGUUAUUGAUAAUGAGAAUGUGAAAAUCCCUGAUCCAACCUUCAUGUUUGUUUCUAAUCCUGUCAUCAAGAAUAUUUUCCCGUCAAGAUCAAUUUUGAGGGGUGGUAUUCCAAUUACUGUGAAAGGAGAUUACCUAUAUGCUUCUGAGAGGCCGUUGAUGACAGGAAUAUAUAACAAUAAAAAUCUUAUCGCCCAGUCUGUUUGUACACUCCCUGAUGGAAGUCAAACUGAAAUGAUUUGUCCAUCUAUGGAUGUGUCCAAGGAGAUCAAAGAUGCAGACAGUCAGAUAGACCUCAUCAUACUUUAUGAUGGCAGCAGUAUUUUUAUUCCUUCUGACUUAAAGUCAUUCCAGUACAAAGCAGAUCCUGGAUUUUCAAAGUUCCAAGGAGUUAUGCAAUUUGUUGUUAAUGAACAAAUGAUUGUCUUUUCGGGGUACAAUAUCCUGAAUGCCCUUGGGCAGCACUACUCUGUCUCCAUUGGGAACAAAUCUUGUAACCACAUUGAGGUUGAUGAAAAUCACUUGAAAUGUCAGCCCACCUUGGAAGGUGUCAAUGUUGGUGAUGGCAAGCGUUAUGAUGUUGUGAUAAAAGUUGGUAACCUUGUUUUUAAAGACCUAGGCUAUGUGGAAUAUGUAGAGUUUGCAGAUGCUGGUAUAUCUCUUGGUGUCAUCAUUCUUAUCAUUAUUGUUGGAUUAGUGGUUCUGGCAAUCAUUCUUCUUCUUGUUGUGAUGAGGCGACAGCGGUGUGGAUUUUUCAAAGUAAAAUCCAGUUUGAAUUCAAAUGUCCAUUACUCAGGGGAAGAAAGUCAACCUUUUGCUGGACCACCAGGAGCUCAUUUCUCUAAUAUAAACAAUGAGUACAGUGAUGGUGGAAUCCAUGCUGCCUCUUCCUCUUCAGAGCCCCCUGCUCACAUUGAUGACGAGACCAUGAGACUGAUUGAGUCUGAACACCUCCUGGUAGACAGAGAAUGUCUGGUGCUAGCUGAUGAAAUAGGAAAAGGAAACUUUGGCUGUGUCAAGCGUGGGUUCCUGACUUUACCAGACCAGAAGGGAGACAUCCUUGUGGCAGUGAAGACUUUACACAAUAACAACCCUAGAGACAUAGAGCUGCAAAGUUUCCUACAAGAGGCUCUCAGGAUGAAAGAUUUCAACCAUCCCAAUGUAUUGGCCCUGAUUGGUGUCUGCCUGGACCUGGAUACCAUGCCUCUAGUUGUGCUCCCCUUCAUGAAGCAUGGUGACCUCUUGACCUACAUCAGAGAUGAGAAAAACCUUCCCACAAUAAAAGAUUUAAUUAUGUUUGGCAUUGAUAUUGCCAAAGGCAUGGAUUACCUGUCCAGUCUGAAGUUUGUCCACAGAGACCUAGCUGCUAGAAAUUGCAUGUUGGAUGAAGAGUUUCAUGUUCGGGUGGCAGACUUUGGUCUGGCUCGUGACAUCUAUGAAAAAGAGUACUACAGUUCUGCUAACAAGAAAGCUAAACUUCCUGUCAAGUGGAUGGCCAUUGAGAGCCUUGAGAAAGGAACAUACAGUGUAAAAUCAGAUGUGUGGUCCUUUGGUGUGGUAUUAUGGGAGUUAAUGACCCGUGGUUUGAUGCCCUAUCCUGAAGUAGACAACUGGGACAUAAUUAGAUACCUGAAAGAAGGACGACGAAUGCCGCAUCCAAACUACUGUCCAGAUCAAUUAUAUGAAAUCAUGACACACUGUUGGCAUGAGAAUCCAGCUAAAAGGCCAACAUUUGCCCAGCUGGUUGAUGACAUUGCUAGCAUGGUGGCUCAGAUUGAGCACAAGACUGGGAUGAUGAGGCGCAACAUCGAGUCCACAUACGUCAACGUAGGGGAGUGCAGCCACUACCACUAUAAGGAUGAGGUUCAGGGUAUGGGCAUGGCAGGAAGCUUUAAGCAAAGCGCCACCAAUGGAAGAGUUAAGAGAGAGGAUGAGGAGGAUGAUGUCUUUGAAGAGGAGGAGGAAGACAAAGCCACAGAAGCGACAGCUCUAAAAGUAUAACAUAAGCUUAGUUUUUGUUCUGUUAGAUGUCAGCAAUAUCUACAGUUUUUGUUGUGUUAGAUGUCAGCAAUAUCUACAGUUUUUGUUCUGUUAGAUGUCAGCAAUAUCUACAGUUUUUGUUCUGUUAGAUGUCAGCAAUAUCUACAGUUUUUGUUCUGUUAGAUGUCAGCAAUAUCUACAGUUUUUGUUGUUCACUUUUGUCUACUUUGCUCCUUUACUUGUCAAGCUUAGUGUAUAUUUGUAUAUAUAAAGAAAUGUAACAGAAAUCAAUAUUCAUGAAUUACUUUCUUGUUUUAAAAGAAUGUUUUGUGAAGUUUUCAAAUAAAUCUUUUUUAUAUGUACGGAUUUGACACAUCAUACAGUCAUAAAUAUCAAGAAACUAAAUGUAUCUUAUAGUAAUCAUUUUUAUAUCUACAAGAAUUAUUUUAUAUCUAUUAUAUCUAUUAACAAAACAAUAUUGCUAAUAACCUCAUGUGCUGCGCUAUGUCUUCAACUUCCAGAUUAGUUUUUUAUAUGUUACAGUAACUUUCCAUGAACAGCAAAGCCUGAUGCAAUUGUUAAAAGUUCAGACUAAACAAACAGCAGAUGUUGUAUAUACUAUUUCUAAUUGAACUGUCUUUCAAUCUACUGUGUCAAGCUAAUUUUCAUAAAGGAAGCAUUGCUGCCAGAUUGAGCUUGUUAAGACUCUUUUUCUGUUGAACACAUUUUGUUCCCAGAUCCUAAGUAUAAUAGUUUAUUUUUUUACUUCAGUUCUUUUAUUUUCAUUUGAAUUGAAUGACGUGUUGUUGGGCUAGAUCUAGCUCCUUGGGUUCACAAUUAACAUGGAAAAAUCAGCUGCUAGUUUCCAACUAUUUUAGAAAUUAGCUUUUUUUUUUUUAAUCGGUCACACCAGGAACUUACCCCUAAAUGGAUUACAACAUUUAGUUAGAAAGUGUGUCUUAUCAAAUGGUGCAGUGCUGUGAAUUUUUUUUUUCCAUGAUGAGAAUUAUGUUGAAAUCUUUAAUAAAUGAAAGGCAAAAAUUUAAUUUCUGGAAAUUUAGAAGCCUUUGAUCAUUAACCAAAUCAUUUCCAUAUGAAGGAUGUCAAAACUAUUUGAGGUAGUGGUAACAUAUAGCCCAAUUAUUUUAAUAUUGGGCAUGUUACAAUUUUGUUUUAUCAUUAGGCAGUUUUUGCCCUGUUGCAAAGUUUUGCAAUGUAAUGUCUAUCUUUAUAUAGUUUCAAUUCAGGUGUAUACUUUAUAUUUUUGAAACGCUAUACUAGUAACAUAGUCCCACUCACUAUUAUAUAUGCUUGUUUUUUGUUUGUUGUUGUUUUUUUUGUUCUUGUUUUUUUUUAUAAAGUGUCAUCUUUUGCUUUUUUUUUUAAAAAAAAAUGGAGGUUUCAGUAUGUUAAAAUAAAAUGAUGUACAGUAAUAAAUAUAAUAUUAGAAUAUCACUUUGAAAAAUUAUUCACUCAAAUGAAAAAGGCCUUCCUUAAUUAGAUAACAUUUGAUUUCUUUUUUCCUCAUUCUUUUCAAUGUUGACUUCAUUAAAACUUUAAUAACCUCUUGA